AUGAUGGGUUUUGGUGUGAAGAAGAACGGAGGAACUCUCGGAAAACGUGGGGCAAGAACAGACGAGGGGUGUGCGAUGGGUGGUCAAACGAGAGCAGGGAUUGGCCAGUCAGACAUUCACAUGAAACCCCACCCGCUGCGGGUGAUGGGCUUCUGCAAAUCAGAUCGAUUGGAAACUCCACUUGUACACAUUCAAGGCUUAGACGUGGUUAACGCGAGACUUCCAUACAAUGUCUUCGAAACAAGGGAGAGAAUAGGGAAUUUCGACCCUCCUAUUGAUCCAAACCACGCCAAAGAGGUGGGCAAUAACGAACCAGAUGCUGUUGGAGCCGGGAAUGCCAUCAAACCAGCCUGA